UAUGCUAUUCAACUCCAGGAGCAACUGCCUGAAAAUCUGAGAUGUGCAGAAACUUUACACCAGGAGUGAAAACAUUGUUUACUGCAGCUUACCUACACAGGGCUGAUUUUGCUUUACAAUUUUUCUAUGUUUACUGGAAUUUUAUUAUUUUUACAGGUUUUUUUUAUGUCAUUCUGUCUAAUGUUUUUAAGCUUUGAUCUGCUUUUUUAUGUUUUAGUUUGUUUUUUAUCUGGGUUUCUUUAGCCCUUUGUGUUGCAGUGCUAUGAAACCAACCCCCUACAUAUUAUCUGAAUUAUUUGAAAGAUUAAUUGUUUAAGAAAUAUAAAAAUCUAAGUAUAUUCUAUAAAUAAAUAAAAAAAAGUUGUAAGGUGGGACGGAAUACAAGAUUUUCAUGGAAUGUACUGGAAUUAGAAAACAUUUGACUCUGAUGCAAUACAGUCAAAUUGUCAAAUGAAACUACUUCAAAAUGAAAGUCAACAUUAUGUAAUGCAUGUUUUUACAGUCCUGCUGCAGUAAUAUGUCAAAAACGGGAAGUCUAAGGAGCAUUUUUAUCCACAAAGGUGUCGUUGAAGCAUCUUGCAUUUCAUAAAUAUACUAGAAUAAUCAAGUCCAUUUUGUAGCUCAUCUCUAACAUAAUCAAGAUCUUAAUUACCAACACAUCUCCCAUCACCUACAUAUUUAUUCAGUGGAAAAUAAUAAACACCAAAGUAAUUUAAAGGGUUAAAAUCCUUAAAUCAACUGAAGUAGUUUUGAACAAAUCCAAAGUUGACAUUUAAGGGGGCGAGGGGAAUAAAAGAUGUAUUUUUUUUUUAUGUGUACUUACUUAUGAAGGAUAAUUUGCAUUUGUGGCUUAAAUAAAUAAAUAAAUUGAAUGACAGUAAGUACUUAAUUUCUAAUUCCAGACACCCAGAUAUGUUGUCUUGUAACGUGAUGUUGAAGCAGGACCAAAAUUCCAGCCACUUGAGAAGUGCAUGUCGAGGUUUAAUUACUGUAUCGUAAUAAUAACAAAGAAAAUUUGCAGGUCAUAAAGGUUAACAGGACCUGGAGCAUGGACAGAGUGAAGGGUGAGGAAUGGAAGAAUCGAAAAACCAGAAACUUAAAAAAUGAAGAAAAUGACAAAGGCUGAACAGGACUCAAACACGAUGGGGACGCCAGGAAGAAUAGCUAUUGUUCUGGCAACAGAUAAUAGGAUCUCAAUUAAUAAAUAAAUAAACCAAAAGGGGAAAAGUGUGACAAUAAUCUAAGAGAAACAAAUACAAAUGUAAAAGGAAGAGAACACAAAAACCGAGAAACUCGACCUGAAGAGAGGGAGGAGAAAUGCAGGCGCACCUUUGUAACAACAAUGAAUGGCAAAACCUAAAAAAAAUCAAUCUGUUGCUGUACUAUCAGUCAAAACAGUAACAAUUUUGGGAGGUCAAAUAAAUAAUUUGUUCCUUGUAAGUAUAAUGCAACAUAAUUCACUAAGCUUGUCCAUCCACCAAUAGAUUAUUUUGUGUGUGGAUCAUUUGGGUUACAAACCGGAAGCAGAUUUAUUAUUCCUCUUUUAUUUUGUCACUGCUGUAUCACAGAAGACUUUUGUACAAACUCUGUGAGGAUGAACAAAUUUGAUUCAAAUCUGCUCAAGCUUUGCUACCCAACACACAACCUGUAAGUGUCCUUUAGAGGCCCUCUCGGAGCAGACCAGCCUUUUCCCCACUAACCAGCAGUUAAAAGCUAACAGAUAUUGAUUGGUUGCAUGUUUACAGGUAGUUUCAAACUCUGAAGUCCAGGGAUUUAUUUCUGAUUAUUUUGAACAACAAACACUUGAUUAUACAGAACCUGAGAAGGAGAUAAAGUGAUGCUCGGACCUUCGCUCUCAAUCUUUGCAAGCAAAGGGGUGGGAAUCCAAAAAGCAUAGCAUGAUGGUUAGCUUUGAAAAGGCCAGUUCUCACUUCAGGAACAGAUUUUCAGGAUGCAAAGAGUUGUGUUUCUGGUGCCUCUACUGGUUGUUGGAUCGAUAUGGACCCACCAGAUGGACCCUGUGGUGGAAAAUAAUCCAGCAACACCAAUGGAGAACUUUGAUUUUGAGCAGUUUGCAGGACGGUGGUAUGAAAUGGCUGUGCUGUCCACUUGUCCUCACUACAUGCAGCGCAAGAAGACAAACCCUGUUAUUGUGGCGCUGGACCUGACACAUGUUCCUGCUCAGCGUAACUUUACAAUGACUUCCUCCACCUUCAAAAAUGGCACGUGUACGGAGACUUUGACAGUUUAUAGCUUGACCAGCACUCCAGGACGAUUCUUUCACCACGUUGCAAGAUUUGGAGCCAAUGUUGAUUCCUUUGUGAUUCACACAAACUAUGAUGAGUACGCUCUGAUGCUGCAGCUGAGCACAGAGCAACCAUCGGGAAAUAAAACCACCGUAGUUAAGCUUUAUGGUCGAACUAUGAGUGUUAGUCCUCCUGUUCUUGAUCAAUUUAAAGCUCUCAUUAGACAUCAUGAAAUGAGUGAAGAUGCUGCCAUCAUGAAUCAACACAAAGGUGACUGUUUUCCAGGUAAACAAAUGAUGGAGGAAACGCAUGGUCUGACCUUGGCGUAAUGGUAUCUGCCGGCGUAAUGGAACCAGCUCAUGACUCUCUAUUUGACAUAAGAAUAAUCAUAAAUAAUGGGUAAUGUGUGUUGUGUUCAGCCUUUUGUUCCUCAGAUCUCCAAACAGAAUAUUACUGCAGAGAAAAAGCAAAGUGAUGUCUGACCAGGUAACAAAUAACUCAUUGUUAGAAAAUGUAUUUGGAGGUGCACAUUUUUGUACUCUGGUUCUGAAACUUUCAUUCAAACAACAAGCGGUCAACCCACACAGUACAAGCCUUGUCUUAGAUUGGAUUUCUGAUGCAGCUCACAGUCUCUCCAACUUUAUGUUUUUGCGUCUUUUAAUAUACAUGUUCACUUUUGUUUACUUCAGAUUUUCUCCCAAUUUUAAUUUAAAAAGAACCAAAGUGGUCAACAUUACCACUGUGCUGAAGCAGCUCAAUUAUUUUGCAGUCCUUGUCUGUGACAUGACACAAUUACACAAUGAUUUAAAAAAUAUAUAUUGUAUUUUAUUUUGUUAUUAUUACUAAUAUUACAUUUUUCUAGUAUUUAUAGUGUGCAUAAAUUAUCGUAAUGCAUCAAAAUUUCAACUUGUCAGAACUAAAGAUGAAAAAUAAUAAAGAACUAUUUGUUUGUGUGA